AUGAGCGAGAGGCGGAGGUCGGCGGUGGCCCUCAGCUCCCGGGCGCACGCAUUCUCGGUCGAAGCCUUGAUUGGGACGAAUAAAAAGAGGAAACUGCGGGACUGGGAGGACAAGGGGCUGGAUUUGUCCAUGGAAAGCCUCAGCCCCAAUGGCCAGCUGGGCGACGGCGAGGACCCGACGCAAUGCCUGGACCUCAAUCCCGACUCAGAGCAGAGCACUGGGUCAGACACAGAGGUGUUGGCAGAAAGAACAUCUUGCUCAUUUGGCUCCCAUUCUGACCUUACAUCUGGUGGAUCAGGUCCUCAGCCUCCUCCACCUUCAUCCAUGGAAGAGAUCCAGGUAGAACUGCAGUGUGCUGACCUCUGGAAAAGAUUUCAUGACAUUGGGACAGAGAUGAUCAUCACGAAAGCAGGCAGGAGAAUGUUUCCAGCCAUGAGGGUGAAAAUCACAGGUUUGGAUCCUCACCAGCAGUAUUAUAUUGCUAUGGACAUUGUACCUGUGGAUAACAAGAGAUACAGGUAUGUGUACCACAGCUCCAAAUGGAUGGUGGCUGGCAAUGCUGACUCUCCAGUGCCCCCAAGGGUUUACAUCCACCCGGACUCAUUGGCUUCUGGAGACACGUGGAUGAGGCAGGUGGUCAGUUUUGACAAGCUCAAGCUGACCAACAAUGAACUUGAUGAUCAAGGACAUAUAAUUUUACAUUCAAUGCAUAAGUACCAGCCUCGUGUUCACGUCAUCCGCAAGGAUUUCAGCAGUGAUCUUUCUCCAACAAAGCCAGUUCCCUCAGGAGAUGGAGUGAAAACCUUCAACUUCCCUGAGACUGUCUUCACCACAGUGACAGCCUACCAGAAUCAACAGAUCACCAGAUUAAAAAUUGACAGAAACCCUUUUGCUAAAGGCUUCAGAGAUUCUGGGAGAAACAGGACAGGGCUGGAGGCCAUCAUGGAGACCUACGCCUUCUGGAGGCCCCCUGUGCGCACCCUCACCUUUGAGGAUUUCACCACCAUGCAGAAGCAGCAAGGAGGCAGCACAGGCACCUCCCCAACAACCUCCAGCACAGGGACUCCAUCACCCUCUGCUUCCUCUCACCUUCUCUCUCCAUCCUGCUCCCCUCCAGCCUUCCAUCUGGCCCCCAACACUUUCAAUGUUGGUUGCCGGGAGAGUCAGCUUUGCAACCUCAACCUGUCUGACUAUCCUCCAUGUGCCAGAAGCAACAUGGCUGCCCUGCAGAGCUACCCAGGGCUGGGCGACAGUGGCUACAACCGGCUGCAGAGUGGCACUGCUUCUGCCUCACAGCCCUCCGAAAGCUUCAUGCCUCAGAGGACUCCAUCUUUGAUCUCAGGAAUGCCAACUCCUUCUUCUCUGCCCAGCAACAGCAAGAUGGAGGCCUACAGCAGCCAGCUAGGGUCCUUCCCCAGCUCCCAGUUUCAGUAUGUCAUGCAAGCAAGCAACCCUGCAUCCAGUUCUUCUUCUUCACACAUGUUUGGUGGCAGCCACAUGCAGCAGAGCUCCUACAAUGCCUUCUCCCUGCACAAUCCCUACAACCUCUAUGGAUACAAUUUCCCUGCUUCUCCAAGGCUAGCAGCAAGCCCAGAGAAACUCACCACUUCCCAAAGCACUUUACUCUGCUCUUCCCCAUCCAGCGGGGCCUUUGGAGAGAGGCAAUACCUUUCCACAGGGAUGGAUCAUGGUAUGCACAUGAUCAGUCCUCCCGCUGGCAACCAGCAGACAGCCAAUGCCUGUGACAACAGACAGUAUGGUGCUGUUCAGGGCUCCUCCUCACAGAUGUCUGUGCACAUGGUCUAACCAGCAAUGCCUCUCCUUGUCAUGGAAGGCAAUUGGACCUUCAUUGUUUCCAUGGAUAAACCCAUCCUAGUACCCUUUUCCCUUCAAACUUAUAGAGGAACUAGUAUUGUCAUGAUAAAUUAGAACACAGACCAUCUAGGUAUGCGCCACCGAACCUCGUGGAAAACCUUCACUGACAGCCAUUGCAGCUUGUUGAAAUCCAGGGCCUCUGGACCUGGCAUGGAGUGUCUGCUCCUUCUGGACAUUGCAGAGAGAAGGGCAGGACUUUAAUAAGAAGCUGGAGUGAAGAAACCAAAUAUACAGUUUAUGCAUUAACUCUCAGCUAGUGUGAGCUCUUGGUGUUGAGGGAGCUGUUUCCUUGUGCCAUCUUCUCUGGGUGUUGAAGAAAGGCAGUCUCCCAAGACUUUGUCCUGAAGCUGUACUGCCCAUGAUGUGCCAAAGCUUUAAAGGCUUUCCCCUUCCUGAACUGUCCCUCGCUGCUGAAGCGGCUCAGCCUGUUUCUGAAGCCAUCAGUGACCUGUGGCCCCUUCUACUGUAGCACAGGAAUGGCACUGCUGUGUUGGAGCUUCUCUUCCUAAAGAGGUUUCUGUAUUUUCACUGCAGCUCUGCCUAACCAGUGUUUUCUUUUUGAGGGUCAAGCCUAUCAGUACUCAGUCUGUAGACAGAGAUGAGAGAGAAAAAUUAUUAACUCAUAAGUGUGUCUCAGACAUGAGCAGGGUUGGAAGCUUCACACAAGCAUCUUUGAAAAGAUGCACAGGGGGAGAAGGAGAUCAGCUCUUACUGACAUUACCUAAAGGGAUGUACUCAAA